ACAAUCAAUCAUAUUAUAAAAAUAUGAAUACACAAUUGAAAUUAGCUGAAAAUCAUUUAAAAUUAAAAAUUCAACAAUUUGCUUAUCGUUUAAUACAUGGUAAAAUACCAUUGAAUCAAUGUAUCAUUACUAGACCAUUUUGGGGUAUGUCCUCUUAUAAACCAGGUACAUAUGCACCAGCAUUGCAAGUGGCUAAACGUCUACUUUCAAUGGAUCCACGUGGUGAACCAUUACGUGGUGAACGUGUUGUAUACUACAUUGCAGCUGGACGAUCUGAUCAAACUUUAUUAUCAUGUGUACGUAGUAUCAAUGAGAUUUAUCCAUCUUUAUGGAUGACAACGACGACGGACAAGUCAACUAAUUCAUCAUCAUCACGUCGUCUGUUAGGACCACGUUUAAAUUAUGCUUAUUAUUUAGAUAAACAAUUUAUUCCGCCAAUUGAACGUAUGACACAAGUGAUUGGUUGGCCAGUUCGUAGUUGGUUAUCCGAACUACCUCGUUAUUUCACUUCAAAAUAUCAUCGAUAUAUAUUAACUUCUAGACCAACUACUGGUCAGCUACAUUCAACCCGGCCACGCCAACAUCCAUUCACAGCGAAUCGAAAUUCACCAGCGUCAUCAUCAUCGUUUAUUCUAUCGCCCCAGUCAUUAUCGUCAUCAUCCUCACAGAUGAAUUGUCGUUCACGUUCACGUUCUUCAUCAUCAUUAAUGCGUGCAUUCAUUGGUCAACCACCACAUAUUUGUCCAAAUUGUUUAACUAUUGUACCAAGCAUAAGUUCUACCAGUGAAUUAGGUCAUUGUAGAACUUGUUUACAUGGCAAUGCUAGAUUGAUGAAUAUUGAAAUGGUGAAAUUUGGUUGUCAAGUAGAUUAAUCAUGUCCAGUCUUGUUUAAAUCGAUUAGAAACAAUUUGUGCCUAUUGUAUACAACAUCGUAGUCAAAUAUGUGAUCCAACAUGGUUAUGUAAUAAUUUCCUAUGUCCAAUCAAUAGUCAACGUUUACUUGUCGCAGCUGAUCUGGCUUCAUUUUGGACACAAUAUAAUAGCUGUUUAAAACAUCUGGAUACAAUUGAUACUUGGUGAAAAUUCAAUGUUCAAUGUGUUGUGUCGUGUUGCGUAGAUUGAGAUCAAAUGGGGUUAUUGGCUUAUUUUUCUAUGUGCGUGUGUAUGUGUUUGUAUGUGUGUGUGUAUGUGUGUGUUUGUAUGCCUUCUUCUUUCAAGGACACCAACACAUGAUGAUGAUUGGUUCAGUUUUGGUCUACUUUUUUUUCUUCUUCUAAAAUGAUUUUUUUAUAUGAUUAUUGAGAUAUUGAUUUAUUUAUUGAUUUUUCACUUGUAAUGAAAUUGAAUGAAUGUGUA